AUGCGCCGCCUCCUCAGCCUCGCCCUCUGCACCAGCGCCCUGGCAGCAGAUGUAGUCAGCAUCUUCAUCCCAGACAACGAACAAGGCCAGCCCCUUGGCGGGCAAGUCCUUGGAUCGGAAUCUGACACAACCACAUACGCCCUCACCUGCGCAGACUCGGUCAAGACCUGCACUGACCUUCCCAGCGGAGACAGCAUCACAAUACUCAAUGCACCGUCGACAAUGAGUCUAGUAAACCACAACACUACUAUAGCAUGCGACCAAGGCGAUCGCACUGCGACUUGUUCUCUGCAUAUGGAUGAUGGCGGGUGGGUCGGUACAACAACCUACCCUGUCCACUCGUAUGCGGUGACUGUCACGGCGGAGACUACUUCUUCUACUGCCACCACCUCGACAAGUCCGACAACUUCGCCUACCGAGUGUGCGGGUGCUGAGGAGACUGGUCCUGGGAAUUCUGCCCUAGGUCAGGAAGCUGGGAUGUCGUUUGCUGCUGGGGCUGCGGUGGUGGCGGUGGUUGCUGCAGUUCUUUGA